GGAGGAGGCGCUGCCGCCGCCUCGGCCCGGCCCGGCCUGUCCAGCCCCCCGGAGCCGGGGCGAUGGCGGCCGGGCGGCAGCGGGCCGCCCGUCUCCUGCGGCAGCUGCAGCGGGCAGCAUGUCGGUGCCCAAGCCAUUGCCACACUUAUUCCCAAGUCCCUGAACGGCCUACCCUGGGAAAUACAGACUAUGCAUUUGAGAUGGCCAUUUCAAACAUCCGAUAUGGAGAGGGAGUUACUAAAGAGGUUGGCAUGGACCUGCAGAAUCUUGGUGCUAGAAGAGUUUGUUUGAUGACAGAUAAAAACCUCUCCCAACUCCCUCCUGUAAAUGCAGUGUUGAAUUCGUUGGCAAAAUACAGUAUAAACUUUCAGUUGUAUGAUAAUGUCCGGGUGGAACCAACAGACCAAAGUUUCAUGGACGCCAUUAACUUUGCUAAAAAGGGAGAGUUUGAUGCCUACGUUGCUGUUGGAGGUGGGUCUGUAAUAGACACCUGUAAAGCUGCCAACCUGUACGCAUCCAGCCCAACAUCAGACUUCUUGGAUUACGUCAAUGCUCCUAUUGGGAAAGGGAAGCCUGUCACUGUGCCCCUCAAGCCACUCAUCGCAGUUCCUACGACGUCUGGAACUGGAAGUGAAACCACUGGUGUUGCCAUUUUUGACUUCAAAGAACUAAAAGUAAAAACUGGUAUUGCUUCAAGAGCCAUUAAGCCAACGUUAGGCAUCAUUGAUCCUUUACACACACUGUCUAUGCCUGAGCGAAUAGUGGCCAACAGUGGCUUUGAUGUGCUUUGCCAUGCUCUAGAAUCGUACACUGCUCUUCCUUACAACAUGCGCAGUCCCUGCCCUUCAAAUCCAAUCAACCGACCAGCUUACCAAGGCAGCAAUCCCAUCAGUGAUGUCUGGGCUCUUCAUGCUCUGCGCAUUGUGGCUAAAUAUUUGAAAAGAGCCAUCAGAAACCCUGAAGACCGUGAAGCAAGAGCCAACAUGCACCUAGCAAGUGCUUUUGCUGGUAUUGGCUUUGGCAAUGCUGGUGUUCAUCUCUGCCAUGGAAUGUCUUACCCUAUUUCUGGUUUGGUGAAAACUUAUAAACCAAAGGAUUAUAAUGUGGAUCACUCUUUAGUGCCACACGGCCUUUCUGUGGUGCUGACAUCCCCAGCAGUGUUUGCUUUCACGGCACAGAUACAUCCUGAGCGGCACUUGGAAGCUGCAGAGAUUCUAGGAGCUGACAUCCGCACUGCCAGAAUCAAAGAUGCGGGGUUUAUUUUGGCAGACACGCUCCGGAAAUUCCUGUUUGAUCUGAAUGUUGAUGAUGGCUUAGCUGCAAUCGGUUAUUCUAAAGCAGACAUCCCUGCAUUAGUCAAAGGCACUCUGCCUCAGGAGAGAGUGACUAAACUAUCACCGCGUCCCCAAACAGAAGACGACUUAUUUGCCCUCUUUGAGGCUUCCAUGAAGCUUUAUUAGCUUAAACAUUUUGUUCUGAAAAGUGUGCUCUAUUCUAACGCAAAGGUAGUUUCUUGUAGAUAUGGGGCUGAAUUUGUUUAGAGAAUGGAAGAACUUAGGUACCUUUGACUUCCGUUCCAUUGUACGCUGUCAAAAGGUCAAGUAAUUCAUCUUUAACUAAAUAGUGCUUUGAAGUGAAAGCUUGACUGGUUUUUUUUCUUGCUCAGUAGUCAGUGGUAUUAACUUGCAUAAAAGUUGGAGCAGAUUUCUCACGUUACUGAAGGAUUUCUUGUGCUUGAGAAGUGGUCAAAGGUGGAAAAAUGUUUUAAGGGAUAUUCCAAACCAUUUUGGAAAUUAUUAUUUUUAUUUAAAUUGUCCGUGAUUUUCUUUUAAGAAGUCAUACUAUUUAAGAAAUAAUCAGUCAAGGUCAUUUUUCUAAUUAGGUAGGGGGAGUUACCCUGCAGAAAAUGUCAGCUUACUGUGUUCUGUUCCAGUUUAUCAUUUUUUUACCAUCUGCCUUCUCUAGGAAGGCUAUUGAACCAGAGUAUGUUUUUGUUAUUUGGUUAAAAAAAAACUACGCACUUCAUACAUGUUUGGAACAGGCUUCCUGAAAGUUUGCUUUGGGUUAAAAUUCUGACAUGUAUUGUCAGAUAGUUCUUUCCUUUUAAGAUCUAUAUGAAGCAUGCAUAGGGGGAGCAAAGCCAGAGUAAAGCACGGUCACCCACUCAGCAGGGACCACAUAACAGCAAGACAUCAUCCAUCAUGGUCAUUCUGUCUUUCUGGACGCAAUAGCUCCCUUUUCCUGCUGCGUUCUGUGGAAAGAAACUAUCAAUCAACUGUAUCUUGCUUCUCUGUGAAGCAAUUGCUUCUGCUGAGCUCCUGCAGGUGCUGUCGCUCAGAGCGCAGCCACCAGCUUAAGGAAGUGGCAGUGUGCUGUGGUUCAAUAUUAAAAAGUGGUGGUGUAGCAUAUGGCUGCACAGUGCCCCGCUGGGAGAGCUGGUUAGACGUGGGAAUGAGGGUGCACGUUCAGAGCAGUAAACCAGCUGGUUGACUGUCAACUGAGAAAGGGAAGUGGGAAAGGGAGAAAUGAAACUAAAAUUUUAAUACUAUUCUUCUUUUUUUAAAAAGCGCACAUGGUUGUGUGUACAGUUCAUUUAAAUGUUCAUUUAAAUCAGAUUCUCCUUCUUGUUGGACUCUUUCAGCAUCUGAUUCAUGCAGCAACCACAGCACAAGACAAACACGAGAAGAACCCCAUAGCCUCUGGUGUGCUUAUUUCUUUCUGCCAGGGAGGGAGCACUUUUCAGUCACCCUGUUGAAGUAGCAUCAUAGAAUCAUAGAAUUGCCUAGGUUGGAAGGGAUCUUUCAGAUCAUCUAGUCCAACCGUCAACCUAACUCUGACAAAAAACAUCACUAAUCUAAACUAUAUCUCUAAGCACCAGGUCUACCCAUCUUUUAAAUACCUCCAGGGAUGGUGCCACAACCACUUCCCUGGUCAGCCUGUUCCAAUGCUUAUUAAUCUUUUCAGUGUAAAACUUUUUCCUAAUAUCCAGUCUAAACCACCCCUGGCACAACUUGAGGGUAUUUCCUCUUGUCCUAUCACCUGUUACUUGGGAGAAGAGACUAACCACCACCUCGCUACAACCUCCUUUCAGGUAGUUGUAGAGAGCGAUAAGGUCUCCCCUCAGCCUCCUUUUCUCCAGGCUGAACUACCCCAGUUCCCUCAGCCACUCCUCAUAAGACUUGUUCUCCAGACCCCUCACCAGCUCCAUUGCCCUUCUCUGGACUCACUCCAGCACCUCGAUGUCUUUUUUGUGGUGACGGGCCCAAAACUGGACACAGUACUCAAGGUGGGAUCCCACCAGUGCUGAGUACAGGGGAACAAUCACUUCCCUAGUCCUACUCACCACACUGUUCCUGAUACAGGCCAGAAUGCUAUUGGCCACCUUGGCCACUCUGUAUUUACACCUUGUUUGUUCUUGUGUUUGUUUGAUAAAGCUAGUGCAGUCCUAGAAUCCGAGGACAGAUGUGUACUGGAUGUUGACGCUGGAUCUGUUUUAAUGCUGCCAGUGUACCUCAGCCCGGACUGGGACACACAUUUGAUUUCCAUGUCCUUCUGAAUCUUGUCCUCUGCUGAAAUUGCCAACAAGAACCUCUGUCACAAAGGCUGAUGUUGUAAUAGCAAGGGGCAAGGGAUUCACUUUAUUGUAUUGUACAAAGUUGCCAUGUUUGAAAAAAAGCUUUUUAUCAAACCCUUUUCUAUAUAAUCUUUUGACCUGUUUCAUCUUUCCACUCCUGUUUUUCUCUAGUACAGAGUCCUGAAGAGAGAAUCUUUUUUCCAGGAGCCUAAUUCAUGGCAGCCAUGCUGUGUUUGGGAGAAUAUACUUUGCGGGGAACUGAAUGGCACAUGGGUUUCAUCACUGCAGCAGACCACUUUGAUGGGCUCGUUAGGAAUGUAGGGUAUUUCCUUCCAGCACAUUUUUUAUUUGCCAUUUCUGCCAGUAUGGCAGUUAUUAGCAGGCUGCAUUUUCAACUGACAGAACCUCGCACUUAACUUCCUAUACCAGGUAACCCAGAGCUCUUGCUAGUUUUUAAAUUAAGCCUCACACUCCCUUCUGAUAUUGUAGGUUUUAUCUAUAUUUUGUAGAUAAAACAAAGGGUUUGAUAUAGUCCCUAACCAAACAUAAGCAGAUGGUGCUGUAAGAAGGGCCAUUUCUCUUUCCCAGAUGCCUUUGGCAGCAUCAGGGUCUUCGACUGGCUUAAACUGAUUGUGAAGUCUCACUCACAGACAUCAGCUACACAAGUGUUCUCCCACCGCCAAUUAUUGGUUACUAGUGGAAAUUUUCUGAGGAAAAAGUCAAGGGAGCUGAAGUCGCCCAAAGUGCUGUCUUUCAAAUAGUGAUGGUGUGACAGGGCAUCACGUCCUGGCUCAUGAGCAGUGCUAGUUUUAUUCACUAACUGAAGAGUCACCAGUUGGUUUUUUUUUUUCAUUUAUUAUCUUAUUAAAUUUCUCUGUACUAGUUGAUCAAAUAUAUCUGUAUCUUUGAACAUGC